CUGUCUCUUUGUCUCUCUCUCUCUCUGUCUCUCUGUCUGUCUCUCUCUGUCUCUCUGUCUCUCUCUCUAUGUCUCUCUCUUUCUCUGUAGAGAAGCUAGCUGAGGCUCAGCGUCGUUUCGCCACGCUGCAGAAUGAGCUGCAGUCGUCUCUGGACGCGCAGCGCGAGAGUAACGCCCCCCAGGGCCUGCGUAAGCGCAAGACCGUGUUCCACCUGUCCCAGGAGGAACGCUGCAAGCACCGCAACAUCAAGGACCUGCAGCUGGCCUUCUCCGAGUUCUACCUCAGCCUCAUCCUGCUGCAGAACUACCAGAACCUGAACUUCACCGGCUUCCGGAAGAUUCUGAAGAAGCAUGACAAGAUCCUGGAGACGCCUCGCGGGGCGGACUGGCGCGUGGGUCAGGUGGAGGUGGCACCCUUCUACACCUGCAAGAAGAUUACACAGCUCAUCUCUGAGACUGAGGCCCUGGUGACUGCAGAGCUGGAAGGAGGAGAUCGUCAGAAGGCCAUGAAGAGGCUGAGGGUUCCUCCUCUGGGAGCAGCACAGCCUGCCCUGGCCUGGACCACCUUCCGUGUGGGUCUGUACUGUGGAGUCUUCAUCGUGCUGGCCAUCUCCUUCAUCCUCACUGGCAUAGUGCUCAUCAGCCGUGAGAACAUGUGGCCCCUGGUCCGGAUCUACCGCGGCGGCUUCCUGCUGAUCGAGUUCCUCUUCCUGCUGGGCAUCAACACGUACGGCUGGCGGCAGGCCGGGGUCAACCACGUCCUCAUCUUCGAGCUCAACCCCCGGAGCAACCUCUCCCACCAGCACCUGUUUGAGAUCGCUGGCUUCCUGGGGGUGCUGUGGAGUCUGAGCAUCCUGUCGUGUCUGUACUCAGAGUUCACCUACCUGCCCAUGCAGAUCAACCCUCUCAUCUUCUACGGCUUCAUCCUCCUCUUCCUCAUCAACCCCUUCAAGACCGGCUACUACAAGUCACGCUUCUGGCUGCUUAAGCUGCUGUUCCGUGUGUUCACAGCUCCGUUCCACCGCGUGGAGUUUGCAGACUUCUGGCUGGCUGACCAGCUCAACUCUCUGGUGAUUGUUCUGAUGGACCUGGAGUACCUCGUCUGUUUCUACGUGUUUGAGCUCAAGUGGAACGAACGAGACGGCCUGCUGCCUGUUCACAAAAGUGACUACAUGUGCCACUCCUACUCAUACGGCCUGCGUGCCAUCAUCCAGUGUCUGCCCGCCUGGUUCCGCUUCGUCCAGUGUUUGAGGCGUUACCGUGACACCAAGCGGGCGUUUCCUCACCUGGUCAACGCCGGCAAAUACUCCACCACCUUCUUUGUGGUCACCUUCGCUGCUCUGUACAGCACUCACAAAGAGCAGGGCCAUUCAGACAGCGACAUGUUCCUGUACCUGCUCAUCAUCUUCUCGGCUGUCAGCUCUCUGUACACGCUCAUCUGGGACCUGAGGAUGGACUGGGGCCUGUUUGACCGCGGGGCCGGGGAGAACACCUUCCUGAGGGAGGAGAUCGUCUACCCUCACAAGGCGUACUACUACUGUGCCAUCAUCGAGGAUGUGAUCCUGCGUUUCGCCUGGACCAUCCAGAUCUCCCUAACCACCAUGACCAGCAUCCCCUCGGUGGGCGACAUCGUAGCCACCGUGCUGGCCCCCCUCGAGGUCUUCAGGCGUUUUGUGUGGAACUUCUUCCGCCUGGAGAACGAGCACCUGAAUAACUGUGGAGAGUUCCGUGCGGUGCGGGACAUCUCUGUGGCUCCCCUGAACGCAGACGACCAGACCCUGCUGGAGCAGAUGAUGGACCAGGAGGACGGUGUCCGCAACCGCCAGGGCAAGAAGAGCUGGAAGCGCUCUUACAGCCUGUCGCUACGGCGACCGCUGCUGUCCUCGCAGUCCAAGAAAGACACCAAGGUUCUUAUCGAGGACACAGAUGACGAGGCGUUCAGCUGAGCUGGGCUACAGCAGGCGACCACACUGCUGCCUCGCUCUCUCACACACACACACACACACACACACACCCAUAUGCACACACACACAGACAUCGUGAUUUUGAGAUAAACAUAUUUGCUGAAGCACAACCACAGUAUUGAUACAGAUAAUAAACACACACACACACACACAGAGGGAAAUAUAUUCAGGCACAUCUUUGGAAAUGCCACACUGCCCUAGGAUUUUACUGAGUCAUUUUGUUUUCAUUUAAUAACAGACUUAGGUUGUUCACAUUUUGCUAAUAAUGUUUUGGAUUGUAGAUUAGUUUUUUCCAUUAAUUUUCUGCAAAUCUUCAAAGCUGCGUUAACUAAUAAUCGACUGUUUACAUAUGAAAUACUUCAGGAUCAACAGGGAAAAAUAUAGAAAUAUUCAAUCAAAGACGAUAUAAAACCAUUAUUUAUUCCGAGCACGGACUCUGGAGCCUGUAGGCAAACCACAGCAUAUCAAGAAGACCAACUGGCUUACACUUGCUGGUGUCCUUUUUCUACUCCUUUGUUUUAUAUGGGUUGGUUCAGUUGUUUAUCAAGUUGUGAUGAAGUCAGUGUACGACCCUGUCUGGCAACACUUGCAGGAAAAGUGUGUGUGAUGCAUCGAGUUUUAAAAAAACGAACAAAACCUGUUCAAUUACAGUUUUUUUUUGUCUGUGAAAUUCCUAUGUAGGUUUUCUAACAUGCUGUGUUACCGUUAGGACUCUGAUGUCAAUGUUCUAUUUAUGUGUUAUUUAUGAUGAUGAGAAAAAAAAAGAUUGAAAGCCAGAGCAAUGAUCUGUGUUUCGUAAUAGUUUUGGGAAUGUAGUGGGUCAGUUUUCCGUGUUGUAGAGAGGGCGAUCUCUCUCUGCUCUCUCUCUUCUGUGCUUGUGCCUCUCUUGGGAUACCAUCCAUCACGUUCUGAGACACUGAUUUGAUCAUGAAGGCUCCAGAACAAUAUAAACACUGGCUUUAUGAAGCUUGAUGUUGACAGGGCAUUGAGCACAAGAGUGUAACACAUCAACAUAAUUCAGCAUCAAAUGUCAGACGACAGUAGAAAGGCCACUCUUCAGGCUGUUUCCCAGGCUUCAGAGGGUCAGGGGUCGUGUUUGGGGGUCAGCGACAGGCCCGUGUCUCCACGUUGUGACCAUGCACUAAUUGUCCCCACAAAACCUGGUGAUUUCUUGCUGUAUCAUUGUCGUGACAAUUGUAAACACUUGUCUUGUUUUUUUUUACGACUUUAUUAUAUUUCUAUGAUGAAUUCUUAUUUUGUAUUUAAGUUGUUGUUGCCAAGACGAGUAACAACACGAGGGAAAACGUACAUCUGACUAACACUGUUGCUCCUUUGAUUUCUGUUGCCGUUUUAUACGCUUGGUUCGACUUACAGACGUCUCACCUUUGCGAGCAACAAUCUCUAUCGGCUGUAACUCUGGACGCAGGCUGUGGCUUCGAUAGGUGGGCCUCCCUGCGUCUCAGAGGAAGGAUGUUCGCUGUAGCUUCUCACUUCUAUUCCUGCACCUCUCUCUCUCUCUCUCUGUAUGACACUUCCUCUAUCUCCAACACAUCUGGCUCUCUCCCACUUAGACACGCACACACUGAGACCCACUCACAUGCACACUCUUCUCGCUCUCUCUCCCUCUGGCUAGGCGGUGUUGACAUCAUGCAGUCAUGAGAUGACUCUCGGCCAGCCAGUCUGCGAUCAAGCAGUUUUUUAUCGUUUGUGUGUUUAUUAUACAGCAUGAACUUCAGUUGCCUUCUACUGCUUUCCUGGUGCUAGCUCAUGUUACCCCCCCUCCUCCCAAACGCUUUUACUGUUUAGGCCUUUUGAAGCAAUGGACAGCCCUCCUUGUUAUGAACACACAUGCCUGCAUACCUAUUUAUAGACACACA